AAAGUAGUUGGAAAAUGUGAAAGAGUUCGGUCUGGGUCGAAUUCAAGCGUCAAUUGUGUGUCGCUGUGUCAGAUCUCCUUUAUCACAAGCCACCCCGCUCAAAAACCUCCACAGCUACCACUCACUCUGAGAUAUCUUGAAUUCACACCAAAAAUGGUGUCUUUGCUAGCUUCUUCUCUUACAUCAUGCUCAAGCCCUGGUCUCGAUAUCCUCUCAUCUCUUGUGCGGACGUCAUUCUCCAGGAAACACCGAGCAGCUUCUGUGGCUGUGGUGGUGGUGGCAACAUCUUCCAAAGAUGAAUCUUGUCAGAAACCCACCAAAUUCGUCACCUUUCUCGGCAAAGGCGGCUCCGGCAAGACCACCGCCUCUGUUUUCGCCGCUCAGCAUUACGCAUUGGCUGGGCUCAGUACAUGCCUUGUGGUACAGAGUCAAGACCCUUCUGCUGAUUUCCUCCUCGGAACCAACAUUGGCGCUUCUCCUACCUUAAUCAACGACAAUCUCUCCGUUAUUAGGCUCGAAACAACUAAAAUGCUACUAGAACCUCUCAAACAGCUGAAGCAAGCAGACGCUCGACUUAACAUGACCCAAGGGGUUCUUGAAGGGGUAGUUGGAGAAGAGCUAGGAGUGCUUCCAGGGAUGGACUCCAUCUUCUCAAUGCUUGAACUCGAGAGGCUCGUUGGUUUCUUCAGGCAAGCAACCCGAAAGAACCACAAGGGAAAGGCUUUUGACGUUAUAGUUUACGAUGGUAUCAGCACUGAGGAGACUCUUCGGAUGAUAGGUUUAAGCAGUAAAACAAGAUUGUAUAUGAAAUACCUGAGGAGUCUGGCUGAGAAGACUGAUCUUGGGAGGCUAACAAGUCCUUCCAUCAUGAGAUUUGUUGAUGAGUCGAUGAACAUAAGCGGCAACAAGUCGCCUUUCGAUGGUCAGACAAGUGCUGCCAUGUGGGAUACUUUGGAACGUUUCUUGGAGACUGGAGCUUCAACGUUGAGAGAUCCGGACAGAUUCAGGAGCUUUCUUGUAAUGGAUCCAAACAAUCCCAUGUCUGUUAAAUCAGCAUUACGUUAUUGGGGCUGUACAAUACAAGCAGGAUCUCAUGCUUCUGCAGCUUUUGCUAUAUCUUCUUCUGAGUCGAACAAAAUCACACGAGAGGAGUUUGUGCCGCUGCCUUUUGCUUCCGCAUCAGUUCCAUUUACUAGGAACGGUCUGGACUGGGACAAGAUUCUGCUGGACCAAGCGAAUUCUAGUGUAAGGGAAGUUCUUUCUGGAACAGUUAGCUUGACACCACCAGUAACGUUUGAUACAGCUAAGAAGUCAGUGACUCUGUUCAUGCCAGGGUUUGAAAAAUCAGAAAUCAAACUGUACCAGUACAGAGGAGGCUCAGAGCUAUUGAUAGAAGCUGGGGACCAAAGAAGAGUGAUUCGUUUACCGUCUCAGAUUCAAGGAAAAGUUGGAGGAGCCAAGUUUUUCGACAGAAGUCUAACCAUCACAAUGCGUUAAUACAUAACUAAUUUGUACACCAGAGAGAUGUGUAGUUAUUAAUACAAAAACAAUUUUUUUUU